AUGGCUUCUAUACCAUCUCCAAAUUCUUCUCCCACUGCAGUUCCACUGGCUCCUCCAUCUCGCCCGUCCAAUUCCUCAGCUCCUCCUCCACCAAUUCCACCUGUCCCACGUCAAUCACCCUCACCAGAUGCAUCACCACCACCACCGCCUACUUCAUUGCCCCCAUUGCCUCCACCAUCUCCCCCAGCUUCACCACCACCAACUCUUCCUGCUACCCCUUCUCCAGCAGCCAAUUCGUCACCACCUCCAAUUUUGUCCCCUCCCCCACCAUCUGAAGCUUCAGCUCCUCCUCCACCAAUUCCACCUGCCCCACCUCAAUCAUCCUCACCAGAUGCAUCACCACCACCACCACCACCGCCUACUAAAUCGCCCCCAUUGCCUCCACCAUCUCCCUCAGCUUCACCACCACCAACUCCUCCUGCUACCCUUCCUCCAGCAGCCAAUUCGUCACCACCUCCAGUUUUGUCCCCUCCCAAAGCAUCACCACCUCCUCCUCCUGCUAUUCGACCCUCUCCUCCCCCACCAUCAGAAGCUUCCCCUCCCAAAGCAUCAACACCUCCUACUCCUGCUAUUCCAUCCUCUCCUCCCCCACCAGAAAAGGUUCCACCACCGCCUACAGCUAAUCCACCAGCCCAAUCAGUUCCAACAAAAAGUUCUCCUCCGCCUCCUGCAUUAUCACCUCCUCCUGCUAGUUCCCCACCUUCAACUACUGCUCCUCCACGAGCUUCCAUUUCAUCUCCUCCUCCUGUCCCAACAUCUUUUUUGCCACCUUCUAUAUCUCCUCCUGCUCCUCCGAGGAAUGGAUCUGCAAAUGGAAGUGUCCCAUCUUCACCAUUCCCUUCCUCCCCUACAGCAAAACCCACUACAAGAUCAAUUAAACCUAAUCCUAAUGUAACUGCAGAUGUACAAUCAAAUAUUCCAAGGGGUUCUAAAGGAGUAGCAGCUGUUGGCAUUGUUGUGGGGUUUUUGGCACUCAGUCUUGUAGUGCUGGCAGUAUGGUUUACACAUAAACGGAAAAAAAAGAAGGGUGCGUCUAAUCUGGGAGCCAUACCCUCUCCUUUUGCAUCCUCGCAAAAUUCAGAUUUGUCAUUCCUAAGGACACAGCAUUCAUCUCAAUUAGCUGGAAGUGCUUCUGCAAGCAAUUUCAUGUACUCACCAGAGCAUGGUGGCAUAGGCACUUCAAGGUCAUGGUUCACGUAUGAAGAACUAUCUCAGGCAACAAAUGGGUUUUCCACAAUUCUGGGCUCAGGUGGCUUUGGUUGUGUUUAUAAAGGAGUUCUAACAGAUGGACGAGAAAUUGCUGUUAAACAGCUGAAGGCUGGUGGUGGACAAGGGGAACGUGAAUUUAGAGCAGAAGUUGAGAUCAUCAGCCGGAUUCAUCAUCGGCAUUUGGUUUCACUUGUGGGUUACUGCAUCUCCGAGCAUCAAAUGUUGCUUGUCUAUGAUUAUGUGCCAAACAACACCCUUGAUUACCAUCUUCAUGGUGAAGGAAGGCCAGCGAUGGAUUGGGCAACGAGAGUUAAAGUUGCAGCUGGUGCAGCUCGUGGGAUAGCUUAUCUUCAUGAAGACUGUCACCCCCGUAUUAUCCACAGGGAUAUUAAGUCAUCAAACAUUCUGUUGGAUAACAACUUCGAAGCACGGGUUGCAGAUUUCGGGCUUGCAAAGAUAGCACAGGAAUUGGAUUUACAUACUCAUGUGUCGACUCGUGUAAUGGGAACUUUUGGAUACAUGGCUCCAGAGUACGCAUCAACUGGUAAACUGACUGAAAAGUCUGAUAUUUUUUCCUUUGGAGUUGUGCUUUUGGAGCUCAUUACUGGUCGUAAGCCUGUUGACACAUCUCAACCAUUAGGGGAUGAGAGCCUGGUGGAAUGGGCUCGACCAUUGCUCACCCAAGCACUUGACACAGAAUAUUUUGAAGAGAUAGUAGAUCCUAGGCUGGAAAAGAACUUCGUUGCAAGUGAAAUGUUCCGCAUGAUUGAAGCAGCAGCUGCUUGUGUGCGUCAUUUAGCUUCAAAAAGGCCAAGGAUGAGUCAGGUUGUGAGAGCGUUAGAAACUAUGGAGGAAUUAACAGAUUUGAACAAUGGAAUGGUACCCGGCCAAAGUGGAAUUUUUACUUCAAGGGAACAAUCUGCACAGAUCAGAAUGUUUCGAAGGAUGGCAUUUGGAAGUCAAGAAUAUAGUUCAGAUUUCUUCAAUAAUUCCCAAAGCAGCUGGAGAAGUUAA